ACUUUGUUCAGUGAUGACGGCGAAGGCAGGUUCUCGUGCACGAAUCCAAUAGGAAUCCUGUGUGAGGAGAGAGAUUAUCAAAGGCGAACGGCGGCGCUGGGCGGAUCGCAGGCAACGAAAUCAGUGGUACUAAAGGGGCGUGAAGGGCGCACGCGAGCGAUAGGGCGUGAAGGAGUGUGCGUGAAGACAGUGUGUGUGGGUGAAAAUUUCACGGGAGUUUUCCGCGAGAGUGAGCUGCCGGGACUGGGUGGCGUGGGGCGCGCUUCCGUGACGUGUGCGCGGGCAUAGUGACUGGGCCCCCCUUCGGAGACUUGUUUUCACGGCGCGCGGGACAAUGGCGUUCAAUGGUGGCAGCAGCAGCGCGAGCGGCGGCUCUGAGCCCCACAACAAGCGCCUCUGCACCCGAAACUCCACGGACAACACGGCCACGGAGGCUGGACACGCCAACAACAAGACUAUCAUUGGAAACAAUACAGCAGAUGAGCCGAGGAGGAAAAGACACGAUUUGGCCAGACCAAAUCACAUUCUUCUAUUCACAGUCAUCAAUCCUCUUUAUCCUAUCACAGUGGAAGUUCUUCACACCAUUUCACAUCCAUACGGUCAAGUGCAGCGCAUUGUGAUAUUUAAGAAGAAUGGCGUCCAGGCGAUGGUUGAAUUUGACAGUAUUGAAUCUGCCACAAGAGCCCGUGAUAAUCUCAAUGGAGCCGACAUCUAUUCAGGAUGCUGCACACUCAAGAUUGAUUACGCAAAGCCCGAGAAGUUGAAUGUGUAUAAAAAUGACAGCGACACGAGCUGGGAUUUCACAUUAACUGUGAAAGAGGUCGGAAAUGGAAGAUCACCCCUUCUGCAGGAUCCACUCUACGGAUCACGUCCGCAGCCAUACACGAAGACAAUGGGGGAGCCGGGCAGAAAGAACAAGCCACCGCUUCUCGGGCCAGGAUCGACGGGAUUCCCGGGCUAUGGACCACCUGACUUCCACCAGGCCACGGAGAGCUGGAAGCAGCCGCCGGCGCACGCGGGCAUCAUCAAGGAGACGCCCGGCAUGGGACCCGCCACUAGGAAUCCCAGCGUGAACUUCGUGUCGCAGGGACAGCAGCAGGGCGCCGUGAUGAUGGUGUACGGCCUCGAUGGGCAGACGUCAAACACGGAGAAGCUCUUCAAUCUGGUCUGUCUGUAUGGGAAUGUUGCCAGGAUAAAGUUCUUGAAAACCAAAGAAGGAACCGCCAUGGUUCAAAUGGGAGAUUCAGUGGCAGUUGAACGGUGUGUCCAACAUCUCAAUAACAUUCCCGUCGGUAAUAAUGGCAAAUUACAGAUUGCCUUUUCAAAGCAAAAUUUCCUGUCUGAGGUCACAAAUCCAUUCAGUCUUCCAGAUCAUACGCCCAGCUUCAAGGAAUUCACGGGAUCGAAGAAUAAUCGGUUCUUAUCGCCAACACAGGCGAGCAAGAAUCGCAUUCAACCGCCGAGCAAGAUUUUGCACUUUUUCAACACACCACCGGGACUGACAGAGGAGCAAUUGAUAGGGAUUUUCAACAUAAAAGAAGUUCCACCGACCGCCGUGAGAAUGUUUCCGCUGAAGACGGAACGCUCAUCGUCAGGCCUAAUUGAAUUCUCCAGUGUGGCUCAGGCCGUGUUGGCCAUCAUGAAGUGCAAUCAUAUCCCAAUCGAGAGCAAAGGCACUAAAUUCCCUUUCAUCAUGAAGCUGUGCUUCUCAUCGUCCAAGAGCAUGAAUGGCACCUGGUCGGCCGAGAACAAUGGCGAGAAGAUGAAUGGGGAGAAUUAGGUGGCGCAGGAACAUGUGAAUCAUAUGCAAACAAAACCCCAUCUGAUCAUCGGAUACACACCAGAUUGAACGCAAUAACGCGUCAUGCAAACUAUCGCGAGGAGAUGAAGAAGAAAAAAAACUGACGAAGUGAGAUUUUAUCUCACGUGAGACGUGUUUUUAUUUAAUUAUAAUAAUGUAGUGACAAAGAGGGAAAGAUGAUAAGGAAGCAAAUCAUUCAUACUCCUUCAGCAAUAUAUCAGUUUUAUCUAAUAUAAAUGAAAGAAACAAAAAUUGAGAAUUACAACAGGAAAAGUGACGAAAUACUGAGAAAUUUACCAUAUCAAACGAUGAAUGGUACAUUACAAGAAGAAGAAGAUGAUAAUGAAGAAGAAGCGUGGAGAAAAUGUUGAAGUUUAUCGUAACUUUAAUUGAAAAUUUGUUUUAAAAUGCAGCAAAUGAGAGUAAAUUUGUAUUUUAAAAUCACAAUGCGUGUGUUAUCAAACGAUGGUUUUCAACAAAACUAACAAAUUAGUUUAAUUUUGUGGUAAAUUUGUACAAUUUUCUUGUUUUGUCCUCACUUUGAGGAUUCAUUUUCUUAUAUAAAUAAUUAUACUAAUAACAGAGAAAUGAAAAACGAUAUAAUUUUAUAUCGUACAAAUGCAUCACAAUAAAUUUAGCAAUUACUUGAGUUCCUUUUUGUUACAUAUUUGUUCUUUCCCACAUAUUAUUUUGAUUUUUUUUAUUGUAAAAAGGUUAUUUUUUGACUUUGUGCAUUGAACUUAAUUUAUUUUAUUUACCUGUUACAAUGAGUUGUGAGGUUUUUUUUGUUGGUUUUCCCUGAAAAACCCCAAUAAAACCAUAGAACGAAAGAGUGCGAGUGAGAGAAUGGGAAGUGAAAUCAGCUAAAAUAGAGAGUAUUUUAUUGCAAUAAGAUUUUUUUUGUAUUUAAAAAGGAAACAUUUAUGGGGAAAUUUUUCUAUUUAAAAGAAAAAAAAAACGUAAUUUGAGUGUGUGUUAACCCCAAAUCUCUGUUUUAUUUCUGUUAUUUCAAACUUAUUUAUUAUUAUUUCUUGCAAUGUGACUCAAGAAAGAGUUGAAGACAUGAGGAAACGAACGAUGAAAUAUGUGGAGGAAAAACUUAAUUGAUUGGAUGGAAAGUAUUAUUAAAAUUAAUAAACUUCUUGUGCUAAAAAGUAAUAAUAAUGGAAAAAUAUUAUUUCUUACAUAUCUCUGAGGAAGAAGAUAAAGAGGAGGAAGAAAAAAAUAUUUCACGAGGUAAAGAAAAGAUGAAAAAAAAUCAAUGGGAAAAUAUGAAAAAAUACACAAUGUGGUCCAAUAUUUAAUGAAGAAAUAUCACUUAUAGAGCAAAGUUAAAGAGAAAAAAAGAGGAAAAAGAAACCCUUAAGGCAGAAAGUGUAAAUAGAACCACUUUUAACUUUUUUGAUGACUCACCCAGAGUUUUAAUAUAUUAAACUAACUUAAUUACACUCUCUUUACAAAGACGAUGAGAAAAAGGAUAAGAGGAGAAGGUGAAAAACAACCCUAUUUAACAAUGGCGAUAAGAGAAUUAUUGUAAUUUUUAAUGAGAAUUUUUAAGGACAAAGGGAGAAGAAAAAACGGGAGAACACAAAAAAUAGUGCAAAACUUGAAAGUCGUGCAAUAUUUUCUGAAGAUGAAUUUAAAAAAUAAAGAAAAAAACUGAAGAUGUGGCGAAUACAAUUGCGAACCAACUUGUUGAGCAAAAUGAUUCAUGUCAAGCGUGAAGAAAAAUCACUGGAUUGAAGAAAAAAUAUGGGAUAAUUGUGUGAUUGGAAAACAUAUCACAAUAUUUUUUUUUAUUUCAAACUGUGCAUUUCUCCUUUAUUCAACCAUCAAAUUCAGUGAGACGUGAAUUUCUAUUGCUAGUUUUAUCAAUUAUUUCACUUGUCUUUCUGUUCUGUUGUGACUUUUCACAUGAUUUUCUUUCAUACUGUUUUGAUUUUGUUGACGAGCAAAAAAACACACACGAAAAGACACACUGAACGACUUCAGAUUCUCAAGCAUUACGAAAAAAAGUUAUGCGAGUUUUUCUUCUUGAUAUUCUCCACUGAUAAAAAGAAAGAUAAAAUGUCAUAUAGUUUGCAGCAAUUUUGCUGUCCAAGAAAUGUGUGAAAAAUAUGGUUUUGGUAAUGAAAAAUGACGAGAUUGCUCAACGUUAGACUCUUAUUAAAUCCUCUAAUUGACUUUUGCAGAACAUUUUAGUUCGCAGAGAAAAGUGAGAAAUUACGAGUGACUUAGAAAAGUGAGAAAUUCGCAAUGCUUUGAGAAUCUGCAGUCAAAUGAAAUAAAAAGAAAUACAAUUUUAAGAGAGAAUUUAAAUGCAAAUGAAUAUAUAUCAAAAGAAAAAUUUUUAUUCCAACUAAAAUGAGAGAGUGAGAGAGGAAAAAAUAUAGUGAAAAGUACCAAGAAAAAAAGGAAAGCAUGAAAAAACACAGAAGAGAGCAAAAUGUGUUUUGCAUGAUAAGAGAAAAAUUCUGUGUACAUUUUAGACGCAUAUCUUUGUAGUGUUUUAGCCAAAAUGUCUCGCGAAGGGAAGAAGAACACAGAGUGAGAAGAAGAGUAAAUAAAUUGAGAGAAAAAAAACUCUAAGAUAUCACAUUUAGAUAAUAAAAAUUUAAACAAAAAGAAAAAAAAAUUGUAGUGAAGCUUAGGCAUGUCACUUAAGCAUGUCUUUUGGCAGAGGUUUUGAUCAGAAUAGGUAAAUUUGACUUUGUUGGUUAGCAUUUUAGAGCUGAAGGAAGAGAGAGAGAAAAAAACAGUGCAAUGAGUGGAAAAUCUCAUUCAGAGAACAACCAAUUUUCUAAAUAAAAUUAAUUCAAUGUUUAUGGAAAAAAUAGCCUCCGAAUGUCUGGCCUAAGAAAAUUAAGAAGAAGAAAAAGAAAACACUUGAAACAACACAAACCAAAAUGGUAAAGAAAUUCUAAUAUUUAGCAAAGAGGAAAAAGGAUGAAAGAAAAGAAACAUAUUGAAGAAUCCCAACAAGACAUUUUUUCCCCAAAAUGAAAUUUAUAUAUUAAAGUGCAGAGAAAAAGCAUACAAGAAUAACCACAUUUUCUCAUACAAAAAUUAUAUUUGAAUAUAGUGAAUAGAAAUGAUGAGAAACACACCCAUUUUUGCUCCUAACCCCACCUAAAGAGGGAAGAAUGAUGAAACAUAUAGGUUUUUUUUGUCUCCAGAAAAAAGAACAACUGAAGAAGAAGAAAACAUUUGUAAUAAAGGAAGAAGAAGAAAUCUCCAUUCUCUUGUAUAUUCGUCUACUAAAAAAAUGAAAGAAAGGGGAAGAAGGAUGUGAAGGCGUAAUAUAUUUUAAGCUGAAUAUUUCUCAAGUUACUGUAAAAGGAUUUAAAGAUGAAAAAAAAGUAUGUGAAACACACACAUUUUAAAUGAUAACCAUACAUAACAAAAUAGUAAUGGUAGGAAUCUAACAAAUUAACCUCUCCCACUGAAAGGAUUUCCCAUUUGUGGAACAGAGAAUGCGUCACGCUUUCCCUCGCCAGAGCGUCCCACUUGGUUUUCCCGCGUCCCCCUGUACAUAAUAUAUACGAAAGACACCGAGAAAUGGUCAAUGAGUGAAACCGCGAGAGAUUAUUCCACACACACACACACAACACAUGAUGAAAUCUAUCCAACUGUUGCUGUUCUUUAUCGUAAAACAAAACAAAGAAAUCAAUACUAUAGCUAUAUUUAAUGAUGAGACAAAGUGAAAGAAAAAAAAAGAAAUAUCGUAUUCAAAUGAAAGUAAACGAAGAAAAUGAUGAAAUAUGUGUUUAAAAAAAAUCUUAAUCUAUUUAAUGAAAGCUCUAUGAAAAAAAAACUCUGCAAACUCUACUUGUCUAGAAUCUGUGGUCUCACAAGAGAAAAAGAGAAAAAAAUCGAGUGUUAUUCUAAAGACAAAACAUAUUUCUCUCGAUUUGAGACCACACAAAAAGGACAUAAUAAUUUGCAAUGAAAAAAAACUGUUAGAAAUGUGUGUAAUAUAUUUAAGUGAAGAUGUGAAGAAGCGAAGGAGGAAAAAUCAACUAAUUUAUUAGUGGUGAAAAGUGAGGUAAGAAGAAAGAAGGAAAAAAACAUGAUUCAAGAGGAAAAAUUGACAAUAGUUUUUAAACGUGAACAUGAUAAACCCUAAACAUAUCUCUUUGAUGAUGAUGAAGAAGAAGAAGAAAAA